AAAUAUAUGUCCAUGGCCUGCAAAUGUACCAAUGCUCCUCAUUUCUUUAAUGCAUAAAUGUGCAGAAAAUAUACUAUUAAUUUUGAACCAUUGCAAUAAACGAAGUAAUAGCCAGCAUCUACCACCCCUCCAAUUCAUAACCCCGUCACACCAACUUCAAUGACAAGUCAUAACCACCAAGAAACACCCACUGAUCUUUGUUUUGGUGUUGAAGAAGAGAAGAUCAAUGGACGACUCCGCCAAGUCACCUGAUCCCACCGCAUCCUUUGCUUUUAGAUCCACAAGCACAACACCACCUCAGAGCAACUUGUUGAGAAGCCAUUCUACUAAAGAAACCCCUUUCACAAACUUGAUUCACUCCCCACCACGCCUCUCUUGUCCCACUCUUUCUCGCAGCCUCCAAAACUCUCCUCUUCACCACCGUCGUCAGUUCUCACCCCCUCCCUCUCCUCCUUCUCCCACAAAACUCUCUGAUUCUGACCCUCAAACCACUUACCACUGUGCCUCUUCUGUCCUCAGAAACGAUGGCCAAAUCCUCUCCAUUUCCCUCUCAUCAAAUGGCUUGGUCUACACUGGCUCUGACUCCAACCUUGUGAGGGUGUGGAAGCUCCCUGAGUUCACUGAAUGUGGACAACUCAGGACCAAGGCUUGCAGGGUGGUGGCUCUCCAAGUGUCCAAUGACACGGUUUAUGCAGCAUAUGGUGAUGGCAAAAUAAGGGUGUGGAGAAGAACUUGGGAUAAGGUGUUGAAGCAUGUUCGGUUGGCUACCAUCCCAAAGACACUAGGCUAUGUCCGCAGCUACAUCGCCGGCAAAGACAAGACAAUGCACAAGGGGCUAAUAACGUCAAUGGUAAUCAACACAGCGGAGGACAUUCUAUACACAGCUUCACUCGACAAAACGGUGAAAGUGUGGAGAAUCUCAGACAUGAAGUGCAUAGAGACCAUCAAGGCACACACUGAGCCAAUCAACGCCAUAAUCGUGGCUGAUGAUGGGGUCCUCUACACAGCCUCAGAUGAUGCCACGGUGAGAGUUUGGCGUAGAAAUUUUUGCAGCCAUGACCAGCCUCAUUCUCUCACAGUAACAUUACACGCCAAGUACUCCCCAGUGAAGGCCUUAACACUAACCCCAGAUGCUGGAAUUCUGUACGGUGGAUGCACUGAUGGCUACAUACACUACUGGCACAAGGGUUGGUUUGCGGGGCAGUUACAAUACGGUGGCUCAAUCCAAGGGCACACGCAUGCAGUGUUGUGUCUGGCAAGUGUGGCCAAAUAUGUAGUGAGUGGCUCGGCUGACUCAACGAGCAGGGUUUGGGCUAGAGAACAAGAUGGUCAACACACGUGUCUGGCAGUUCUAGUGGGCCAUAGAGGGCCAAUCAGGUGUGUGACAGCAUUCUUAGGAGGGAGAUUACUGGAAGAUAAUGAAGAUAGUUGCUGCACCAUUUGCACUGGGAGCCUUGAUGGGGUCUUCAAGCUUUGGCGUCUCACUCAUAACAAUCACUGCUCAUCCCCACCUGGGGCCAAGUACUUUGAUCUCUGCAAGGGACUUUCAUGAUUAAUUACCACUAUUUUUAUUUAUAUUUGCAUUCGAGGACUAAGCUCAAUAGGGUAAGGAUCCUCUUUGAUUUCUAUUUCUGUAAAGUUUUUUUUUUUUUUUGGACUUGCGGCAGUCACGUUAUAAGCCAACUUAAUUUUUGAUAAAAAAAAAAGAGGAGUAACCAGUCAUUGGUCUCUUUUAACAUAAAUUGAUAGUUUGGAA